AUGGUACAUGAGGGGAUCGAAGAUCCUGCUACCAGAACAAGCAAUGGAACAUGCUUUCUCUUUGUUGAAGUUACAUCAAAAGGGAAACACAAGUCAGAACAGGGUGCAAAGCUACAUGUUGGAUGGGAAAAGCCACCCACAGGUGUGUUGAAGCUCAACGUUGAUGGGGCAAUCUUCAAGGAUCAGCACAGGGCAAGAGUUGGUAUAAUCUUUCGAGAUGCAGCUGGGGAUGUCAUCUUGGCGGCGAGCAAAAAAGAGUAUGUAGUUAAUGAUCUAGCUAAACUUGAACUCCUUGCUAUGUUAAGUGGUUUGCAACUUUGCCUCCCCUUAGGCAUUGAGGAACUUAUCCUUGAGAGUGACUCACUCAUGAUGGCUACACAACUGGAGGAUGAGGAGGAAUCUUGGUUUUUGGGGAAUAUCAUAAUGGAAACAAAGCAACUUAUGGCCAGAUUCCGCUACUGCACCAUCCAACAUGUUGGGCAGGUAGGUAAUGUAGCUGCCCAUAAUCUAGCUACACAUGCUUGGCAUGUAGUUGAUAUUGUAACUUGGUGGGACUCUUGUCCAGGGUGGACAAGUCUUAUGUAA